GUAGAAAUUGUCAGACAAAACACAACGUUGCCUUACUAAUAUUUUUUUAGUCAAAAUCCAAAAAAAAAUUAAAAGCGAAGCAUAAAACAGGCAAACAGUCCAGAAACAGCUUAACAAUCGUACAAUAAACAUUUUCCAGCUAGUAUACAUUUGAACAAGCACAAAGAUGGAGAACAACGAGGCGCCCGCACCUUCCGGUUCCAAUAAUGAUUUUCCCAUACUUCCGCCGCCGCCGAAUGCCUCGUCCUCCUACAACUACAACAACGAAAUCAACAACAACAAAAGCAACAACAAUGCCGCCCAGAAGCGCCUGCAGCAGACACAGGCCAAAGUGGACGAGGUCGUGGGCAUAAUGCGCGUCAACGUCGAGAAGGUGCUCGAACGUGACCAAAAACUAUCCGAGCUAGGCGAACGUGCCGACCAGCUGGAGCAGGGCGCCUCACAGUUCGAGCAGCAGGCCGGCAAGCUGAAGCGCAAGCAAUGGUGGGCUAACAUGAAGAUGAUGAUCAUCCUGGGCGUCAUCGCGGUCGUCUUGCUCAUCAUUAUAAUAGUGUGCGCUUUGCCCUCAAGCAGCAGCAGUAGCACGGAUCAUGCCACAAAAGCCGCCACCGAUGCGCCCCAUUAGGAGCCGCAGCGCAGCUCGUCAGGAAAGAGAAACACAACGAAACACAGCUCUUGAAUGGAGGAGCUGCUGCCUUUGCACUGGCCUUAAGCGCAACAAAUUUCAAUUUAAAGCUGAAACUAAAACUUAAACACAAGCUGUGUCUAAAAACAUACAACUAAAACACUUAACAGAUUGUUAUUUAUAUAUUAAUCCUAAAUGUUUAAAACACAAACAUUUCUCACAUAUGUAUUGUAACAAAUAUUGCAACAACAGCAACAAAUGUAAUUUAAAGUAACUACGCACAUGUAUGCUGCGUGUGUGUCCGUGUGUGUGCUUGAGUGCGUGUGUGUGUGUGUGUGGAUGUGGGGUUUUUCCUUACACGUCGCACAAAUUGAAUUUAAACUUCGUUUUAGCCCAGCUAAGAUUAAAGGCCUUUUGCACAUGUAUUAAACAAUAGUUUUAACCAAAAGCCACGCACGCACACAUACAAGCGCACGCACAGGCACAUAUUUUAUAUGACUAUACAUAUAUACACACACACACACACACAUAUAUAUAUAUAUACCUUUUUGUAUUUACACUUAUAUGAAAUGGCAUGUAAUUGAUAUAAUUUCGUUAUUAUUGUACUCGUAAUACAACGUGCGUUUGCCAAAAAGAAUCGCGAACAUUUUGUAGAAAAGUUUA